UUCCUACUCUGCAAGGCAACCAGCUCGCUAAUUCAUCGAACUCCGACCGUUUCAACCUGAAAAAGAUGGACGAAGAUGCCGCCCGUCGCCGGACCGUCACGGCUGAGUAUCGGAAAAAGCUCUUACAGCACAAGGAGCUUGAUUCCAGAGUAAGAACAGUGAGGGAGAAUUUGCGAGCUGCAAAGAAGGAGUUUGCUAAAACUGAAGAUGAUCUGAAGUCACUCCAGAGUGUUGGACAGAUCAUUGGGGAAGUUCUAAGGCCUCUUGAUAAUGAGCGGUUGAUAGUUAAAGCGAGUAGUGGCCCACGGUAUGUUGUUGGCUGUCGCAAUAAAGUAGAUAAAGAAAAGCUGACAGCAGGAACAAGAGUGGUACUUGACAUGACAACCCUCACAAUUAUGAGAGCUCUUCCGCGUGAAGUUGAUCCAGUUGUUUACAACAUGCUUCAUGAAGAUCCUGGUAAUGUUAGCUACUCUGCUGUUGGUGGGUUGUCUGAUCAAAUCCGGGAACUCAGGGAAUCUAUUGAGUUGCCUCUUAUGAAUCCUGAACUCUUUCUUAGAGUAGGGAUCAAACCUCCGAAGGGUGUUCUUCUGUAUGGGCCUCCUGGAACUGGCAAAACAUUGCUAGCCAGAGCUAUUGCAAGUAACAUAGAUGCCAAUUUCUUGAAGGUUGUAUCAAGUGCCAUAAUUGAUAAAUACAUAGGAGAAAGUGCCAGAUUGAUAAGAGAGAUGUUUGGAUAUGCGCGGGAUCACCAACCUUGCAUAAUAUUUAUGGAUGAAAUUGAUGCCAUUGGUGGGCGGCGGUUUAGCGAAGGAACAAGUGCAGACCGGGAGAUACAGAGAACAUUGAUGGAACUUCUCAAUCAGCUUGAUGGUUUUGAUCAGCUUGGGAAGGUCAAAAUGAUUAUGGCUACGAAUCGACCUGAUGUCCUGGAUCCUGCACUUCUUCGUCCAGGUCGACUAGACAGAAAAAUUGAGAUCCCAUUGCCAAAUGAGCAAUCAAGAAUGGAAAUUCUAAAAAUUCAUGCUGCUGGGAUUGCAAAACAUGGAGAAAUUGACUAUGAGGCAGUGGUAAAACUUGCAGAGGGAUUCAAUGGUGCUGAUCUUCGGAAUGUUUGCACUGAAGCGGGGAUGUCAGCAAUCCGUGCUGAACGUGAUUAUGUCAUCCAUGAGGAUUUUAUGAAGGCAGUCCGUAAACUGAACGAAGCAAAGAAGCUCGAGUCAAGUGCCCACUACAAUGCUGACUUUGGGAAGGACUGAUCAGAAAAUACACGCUGCUCUGUUGUUUUAGCCAUGGAUGUUGGGGCAGUGCAUUCUCUUUUUAUUUUUGUCUCGAUUGUGUAUUAAAUCUGCAGGCAUUCCUUGAUCCCAAGUUCGAAAUUUUAGCAUAAUGAUUUUGGGAGGUCUGUGUUACUGUUUGUCAACCAAAAACUUUUUUUUUUUGCUACAAAAACAAGUGAGAUGAUGAUAAUGAAGAGUUUCGUUAGCUAAGGCAGGUGAAGUGUUCUAUUCAA